AUGGGAAAGCUGGUGUUUGACCCAUGGCUGGGUGAUGAUGCCUUGCUGCUUGUUCACAGGUUUCCUCCCUCCUUCACACCCCUCCUGCCUGCCCACUGCACCAGCCCUACCAACAGCUCUGCAUUGUUCAACAAGGCAGCCACAGGGCCUCUGCUGAUGGAUGCAGACCACGAGCUCUCCUCAGAUGUGCUUCAGUGGUGGCUGACCCUGCAUGGUCCCUCAAGUGGUGCCCACCUCCAGGCUAUAAUUCUGCAGUUCUUCAAUGUCCUCUGGGCCCUGACAGCUGAAGUGUGGAUCCCAUCUCGCUGCAGGACUUGUGAGGUGGUGGGAAACUCGGAGUGGCUGAAAAGGUCCAGCCAUGGGCUGCUAAUCGAUGCUCAUGACUGGGUGCUGAGGGUGACCUGCUGUCCCUGCCUGGUGGGACCAAGAGCCUGGGACCAGCAGACCAUGUACUUUGUUUUGGGACACACCAUCCUGCUAUCCUUUAGGAUGAACAGAGCAAAGGUCACUGGCUUUGAGCUGGAUGUUGGCAUGAGAACAACCCAUCACUUCAUGUACCCAGAGAGUGCAGUGAAGCUCAGGCCCAAUGUCCACUUGGUCCAUGUCCCCUUCUAACCUCUGGACCUGCAGUGGAUGACCAGUGCCUGCUCCACCAGAGAACUUACACGGUAUCACAUGAGAGUUAAACAGUUCAUCAAAGCUGAUAGGAACAAGGUGCUGAUCCUGAGUCCAGCUCUCCUCAAGUACAUCCAUGACAACUGGACAUAGCAUCAUGGGCGGUACCCCUACACUGGCUUCACAGACCUGCUCUUUGCCUUGAACACCUGCCAGCAGGUCUGCAUGAUUGGCUUCAGAGCAGACAGUGAAGGGAACUGGCACCACUACUGGGAAAAAACCUGUUCGUCUAGAGCCUUUCGCAGGACAAGAGUCCAUGACACUCAUGUUGAAUUCAGCCUCAUCAAGAGAUGGGCACAUGAAGGCAGGAUUGUAUCCUACAAGUGAUGCAUUUCCAAGAAACUGGAGCCAGGCUGUUUGGCCAGGAAGGGGCCAAAGGGCACUGCAUUUCACAGGGUUUCAGUACUGCUUGUGCUGGUCCUAUCAGCUGGGUACUGUAGGUGCCCUUCUCCCAUGGCAGCAGCGAUGUUGCAUUUAGCUGGACAUGGGGUGGGCACAGUUCUGCCCAUCCUGGUUGGGAGGGACAAAGGGGAGAUGUUGGGGCUGGAGGUGGGCAUAGAGUGUGUGGAUCUGCAGG